AUGAUAGAAAAGCGUCACAAAAAGGCGGAGAAGUGCAAAGAUGCUCGAAAGGAUUGUCAAAAGAUAUUGGAGCACGAUGUCCAAAAGUGCAAGGAGCCUGAAAAACUAAUAAAGGACGAGUGUCAGAAAAUGACGAAGCAAGAGGAUCAAGUUGAAUUCUUGAAAUGCGAUCGGAAUCCGGAGAUUCAUUCAAAAAAAAAAAAUCCAACCAGCAGCAGUAAUCCAAAAACGUCAUCUACCGACGAUUCAACUGGCAAUCAAAAAACAUCGAUCAGCAAUUCAACUAAUAAUUUCACGACGAACGAGAUGUCGAAAGUUAAAUCCAAAAUGGAGUUCCUCGUGUCUUGCAUAAAGAAGCACAGCUCCGACUCGCUUAAGUCGUAUCUGUUCAAAAGAAGUGACAAAAGUGAGAAUAAAAUUCCCAGAAAUCCUUCUUCCCACAACAAGCCGAAAUACAUCCCUAAAAUGAAUGCGUCGUACGAGGACAUAAAGCCUGAUCCACCACCGCCGCCGUCCUCCCACUGGUCCGAAAAGAUGAAGAAGAAGCCGAGUUACAACAAGUACAAACCAGCCAUCAAACCGACUACCAUUGAAUAUAUCCCUUACGAGGAAUACAAGAAAAAGACGAAAACUUCUUUGAAAAGAAAAUCGGACGAGGUGAAGAGGGUGCCGAAAAUUAUACAUAUAGACGAGGACAGUUGCAGAUCUCCUAUGUGCAAGAAACGCGCAAUUUCUUUGAAGGAGAGGAAUAAGAAGCCCAAUUCUCGUUAUCAAUUCUCGACAAUAGACAAAAGUGUCGAUUCUAAGAUCGACGUUUAUAAAAAACCUCGUAAAACAAAUAAAAAUCAAAGCGCCUGCGAGAGCAGGUUGCAGCAACAAGGUGACACGAAAUCGAUGGACGGCCAUUUGAUUCGACGGAAGAGAAACGAGAAUUACAAAUCGAACGGUGAGUGGAAGAGUCAGAAGUACAAGGUACGAUUGAAGAUCUACAAGACGAAGAACAGUUUGGAUCCGUGUUUGCCGGUAAUGGUAGAGGUGCGACGUCAUUUUUGUGACGAGGGUGUAGACUUUAAGGGUGAAUCUGUUCCAUUUUUAAAUUUUAAAGCUUAA